AUGGCGAUAGACAGUGAGUUUGAGGUUUCCUCAUCUGAAGAAGACGUGGGAGCACUCUCAGACUCUGGUUCGGACAAGGAUUAUGUGCCAGAUGAGGAGGAUAUAGGCUAUAUUGAGCCGCCUUUCCUCACCAGCCAGAUUCCCAGCAGCAGCAGCAACAGCAGCAGUAACACCACCACCCCAACCGUCACCACCUCUCGACAUCUGCUCAAAAAACGUCGUCGCAAGGAAACAGAGGACUAUUGGGCCAACAAGAACGGUCCGCCCAUCCCCGACUUGUCUCAGGACUGGAAGUUGCUUGAGGGGCGGCAGAACGACACACACACCAUGGUCCGUGUCCGGCGCCCAAUCACGCCUAACACCAACGAUGACCUCAACGUGGGGGACGAGCCUACAUGGAUACUAUGGGCGUGGCACCCCCACGACCCUGGCGACGACCUGAAGGUAGCCUACCAUGAGGGCAACCGAGGGGCGCGCCAGUUGUGCCUCCUACGGACCAACUGCUGGCCGCCCUCCGUCGUCUCCGCCACCACCACAGCCACAUCCGCCACCUUCCGCUUCCUGCUGCUCCUUCCUGCGCUUCUGCCACGUUUCUUAUGAGCUCAGCCCCGCCGCUACUGCCAUAUCUAGGAUCCUUUUUUUAUAUAUUUUCAUUGCUUUGGGAUGCACUCAUUGUAUGUACUUUUGAACCUUAGCAUGGAGGACAUGGGUCUGAGUUACGCAAGGAGGAAGGCGUUUGAAACGGGUGUGAUAACUGGAACCCACACAUGCAAGCAGAGAGAGAGAGAGAGAGAGAGAGAGAGAGAGAGAGAGAGAGA